CUUACAUUUGUUUAGUUGUUGACUAAUAUAAUCAGUGUGUUGUUUACAUCCCCAACACUCAACUUUCCCAUUUAUUGCUAGGUCUUAACGAAAAUUUCAAGACAUAAAUAAUAAGAAUAUUUUUAGCCUCUAGAUCUCUAUAUUCUAUGUCUAUUUAAAAGGUAUGAUGUCUUCUGAACAAAGAGAGAUCGAAAAAAGUCAACACCGCAGUGCGAUGUCCGCCGUGAAACCUGCCACCGUAACGUCCUCCACAGAUGGUAGUACUGACCCCUCUAGUUUAGAAGCAGAGAGUGUUAAAGUUUUAGAAAAACAGGCACAGAAAAGAAUAUUCAAGAUAAUAGUAAUUGGAGAUUCAAACGUUGGAAAAACAUGCUUAACCUAUAGAUUCUGUAGUGGUAAAUUUCCGGAUAAAACAGAAGCUACAAUUGGGGUUGAUUUUCGAGAGAAACAACUUGAUGUUGAUGGUGAAAACAUUAAGCUUCAGUUAUGGGACACCGCAGGCCAAGAGCGCUUUAGGAAAUCUAUGGUGCAGCAUUACUACCGUAAUGUUCACGCAGUCAUAUUUGUUUAUGAUAUUACUAAGAUCAGUUCUUUUGAAAACAUGAGCCAGUGGAUUGAUGAAUGCGACCGCCAUAACCUGAACAAACACAUUCCCCGAAUCCUAGUGGGAAAUAAAUGUGACAUGACUGAUAGGGUAGCAGUGAACACCAACAUGGCACAGAAAUUUGCAGACUCGCACAGCAUGCCGUUGUUUGAAACAUCAGCCAAGGAUGAUGACAAAGCCAAUCACGUGGAUGCGAUAUUUAUGACUGUCGCUCACAAAUUGAAGAAUGCCAAACCUAUGAUGCCUGUUCAUUUUUCAACCUACAGCUCGAGGGAUACAGUGCAUUUAAGGGAAAGUCCACAUCAUAGAGGAUUGCAGUCUGCUGUUAGUUCGGAGGCGGCGGAGGAACGAUCAGAGUGCGCUUGCUAAAAUUAUACGAUUCCUUGUAAACUUAACUUGUUGUGUUAUUAUAUAUAUAUUGUAACUGUUGAUUCAUUUUCAGGAAGAUCAGAGCGAUUCAGCAAAAUAUAUAGCUACAAUUGAAUUUUAAAGUUAUUCACUAUUUUAAAAAAUGUUGCCAAGCUUAAUUAAUUAAUUAGAGAUGAGCAAUCACAAAACUGUUUUUAGCAUUUAUUUUAUUCCAUUAACAUAAGACAAAAACAUUGUUAAAAACAGCACUCUUUUAUUUCAAACUCAAAAACUAUCAAAUGACAUUUUGCCUACGUAUGUGUUUUACCAAAGUAAUUUUUAUGGAAACUUCGUUUAGAAAAUUUUUGUCCAAUUUUUGUGGUUUCUGUUGGCUAAAUUCCUUAAUGGUUUGUGGGUAUUUUAAGAAAAUUAAAAAACUUAAAGUAAUUUGGGGUGUUUUCCUUUUACCUCUAUCUAGUUUUUUUGCUUUCUAGUAUUUCUAGUGUAUACUUGGCAUUUCAUUUAUUAAUUUUUAAUACACAUUAAUCUUAUACUCGUAGUUUGAAUAUUUCUUUUCUUGUCUUAUUUGAAAUCCAGAGUUUUAUUACUUUUUUUUUAAUAGAAAUGCAAUGUGCCUGGAUAGCACAAUAACUUAAAAUAGCAUGUUUUUUUUAAUUCUUAUUGUUAUACCCAAUGGAGUUGGACUAUAUUUUUAGCUAAAUUACAACUAAUUAUUAUUGAUCAAUUCUAACUCUUCUCUUUAUUAAUUUUUUGUGCAAAUGCCAUAAAGUCUGUAACUGUUCUAACAUUUUGUUGCUUAAUACAUUUUUUAGCUUAGAAAAAAAGCACAGUUCCAUUUCUUGAAUUGCUUUGUUUUAAUCAUAAUGUUCAAAAACUUAAAUCUAAAAGUUUAAAAGUAGAUAUGAAACCAGUGAUGUGAAGUUGUCAUGUUAUCUUUGAAAAUGUCACCUGUUCGUGAAUUAUACAAUUUUGAAAUCUUUAAAGUCACUAGUUAAACUUGCUUAUUGUGAAUUUUAAUAGAAUUUUAUUUACAAUAUAAACUUUAUUAGAUUAUCUAGACUAUCUCCAAAAAAAACAAGCAUUAAAGUGCAAUACAUUAUUUGCAGAUAUAUUUACUCUAAAAUAGAUUUCAAAAAGUAUUUUCAUGGACAAUAAAAGCAUGUUUUAUUCUUACAUAUUUAUAUGUUUGUAAUGAUUUUCAAUUGUACCGGUCAUUCUUUCGGAUCAAACGUCUCCCUGUGUCAAUCUUUCAACAAUAAAAAAUAUUUGCUUUCAUUCCUGAUAUUGUUCACAGAUACGCUUUGAUCUUACAUUUUCUUACAGUCUGGCACCAAGUCUAUUUUGGUAUCUCUUGAGUAUUUCAUGCAUAUUAAGUUCUUUGUUUUCAAAUUUAAUAUGAUGUUCUGCAGACAGAAAUUGAGCAUUUUUCCUCAUAAACGAGUAGCUAAUAGGUCCCUUAUGAUGGUGUUGGUACAGGAUUAAGAGAUACUAACCCCUUUGUUUUGUUAGCUCCAUAUUUAAAUUUAAGGUUGAAAGAGAGAAUAUUAUCCCACUCUUCCUCCAGACUCACCUGAACCCAUUUUUACAAUGUUAAUGAUAGUAUAAAGGUCUUGUAUAUUUUAUUUCUAAUACAGUAUUUUUACAAUUUAAAUGUACUCUGUUCAACUAAGUCAUAAAGAAAUAUAGUAGCAUGGUUAAUGAGGUAGCACAGUUAUGCCAGAUUAGUUGUUUUUAACAGUUUAUUAAUGGCAACCAGUUGCAGAUAAUAUUUGUUUCAAUAUUCAAUAUAUUUAUUCUAUUAAUUAACACAUUUUUAAGCUAAUACAAAGUAAUUUCUAAGGUGCACAUUGGAAAAUUUAUCAUUGUUGGGGUGUUUUUUAUUAUUAUAAAUUUAUUAGCAUAAAUCAAUGUUAAUAAUUUUUUGGGUGUUCUAGACAAUGCAUACAUGUAACACUAAUUUUUUUGUACCUUUUUUGUUGAAGAGUUGUGACUUUUAAAAAAAAAAACUACCAUUUAAAAAGACAGCUAGCCUAAAGGUCAUGAGUUCAGAUCUUGGUCCAGACUUGUGAAUUAAGGACGUGUCUGAAUCCACCCAGCUCUGCUAUGUACCUGACUCACGUUAGGGAAAGUAAAAGUGGCUGGGCAUAAUGCUGACCACACAAUCGCUUCAUACACUGAGGUCAAGAAACAC